GAGUAGCUGUCCUUGCGGCUGCGUUUGCGCUUCUUGCCAUCCUUCUGUGCCUUAGUCACCGCCUUCUUGGAGCCCUUCUUCGGGGCAGGAGUGGACUUCGCAGGCUAAGGCAUGCUAAAGUACUGCGAUCGAAAUGAAACAAAGGACCAGGAAAGUAAAAGGCGCUUCUUUAACAACAAGGGUUUAUGCAAAUGAGGUGGGAUAAAGGUGGCUGGUGAUUGGUGAUUUUUCUCCAGUGACGUCAUAGCUCAAUUUUUUUUUUUUUUUUUGCCCAGUCAAGGUAGGCAUCCUGCAUAGCGGCGUUUCCAUUGGCCUAAAUGAAAGUAAAAUGUUAGCCAAUCGUACCGCUUCCUUUUCGCGCCUAGCAGGGCCUAUAAAAUAUGCGUUUUUAAGUUUUUUGCUUCUUAUCUUUGAUAGCGGUUGUUGAUCCCGAGCCAUGUCCGGGCGAGGCAAACAAGGGGGCAAGGCUCGCGCCAAGGCUAAGACUCGCUCAUCGCGGGCCGGGCUCCAGUUUCCCGUGGGCCGAGUGCACCGCCUGCUCCGUAAGGGCAACUACGCCGAGCGGGUCGGGGCCGGCGCGCCGGUGUACCUUGCGGCGGUGCUGGAGUACCUGACGGCCGAGAUCCUGGAGCUGGCGGGCAACGCGGCCCGCGACAACAAGAAGACGCGCAUCAUCCCGCGCCACCUGCAGCUGGCUAUCCGCAACGACGAGGAGCUCAAUAAGCUGCUGGGUAAAGUCACCAUCGCGCAGGGUGGGGUCCUGCCCAACAUCCAGGCCGUGCUGCUGCCCAAGAAGACCGAGAGCCACCACAAGGCCAAAGGCAAAUAGAAGUCUGGAUUAGUUUAAUGCAGCUCAAGUUUCUCAAUCAAACCAAAGGCUCUUUUCAGAGCCACCUACAGUUUUCUGGGAAGAACUGAGCACUAGGUUUAUAAAGCUUAUACUCUAGAUAAUACUUAGGACCAUUAUAGGUGAAUUAUACCAACCUCAAAACUUGUGUUAGGAAGUGAUUUCCACUCCAUGUUAAAGUGUGUGAAAUAACCUAUAAACUUUGAUUGAACACCAUUGGCAGAUUUGAGGGGUUAUGUGGAAUGAGUCAUUCUUAAGUAUUGUCACCUUCACCUCUACCCAUCAUGAACCUCUGGAAAGCACAAACUUCUGGUGGAAGGUCAAUGUGCCUUUUUGUGGCAGUUUUAAGACAUCUUUGUUUUCUGGGUUCUAGACAUCCUGAAUGUUCAGGGAUCAAACCAAACCUGUAUCUUAGGUCAAAGGCCAUUUUUGGAGCCGUAAGAUAUCUGAGAAAGACCUAAUUUCACAUCAGUGUACAUUACCUUUUCCAUUGCUGAUUAAGGAAUAUUUAAAUACUCAGGCUUCUUAUUGGAAAAGUUAGCUGAGGUGCCUGGCAAUUAUACUCAUUGUUUAUUAUUGGGUUCUCAAGUAUUUUCCAAGCUCCCUCGCACCCAUCCAUACAAACAGAUGUCUAUAUAAGUCGAUGAUCAUUCGUUUCAGGAUAAAAAUGCUAAGUUCUAGUUUAAAAUGCCGUUUUCUUAGUCUUUUUAUUGUUAAAAGACCUUGUACUGAUGGGAUUAGAUCAUUUUUUCCUUAAAA